AUGCCCGCCCUUCGCUGCGUCCUAUUCCCUGUCCUUCCCGUGGCGGAAAUAAUCGGCAUCUCCGCCGAACCGUACAACACGUUUGAUGGCGAAGGAUUCCCCGCUUGCAACAACGUCACCACUGUCCAUAAUGCCACAAGCGUCAACGAUAUCGUCAGCCUCGUGAAGCGGGCCGCCGCCAAUGGCACGCCGGUCAGGGCAUCGGGGAACGGCCACAUGUGGUAUGACACCAUGUGUUCGGACAACCUAGACACUGUCAUCAUCCGCACGGAGUUUGUCAAUAGGAUCUCAAACCUCGUGCUCGAAGAGGGUGCCAAGUCUAGGACGGUCGAGAUAGAGGCCGGCGUGACAUUCCUCCAAUUCGCCGAGUACCUCCACGCCAACAACGCGUCGAUGGGCUAUACGCUAGUCAACUGGAAUAUCACCAUGGCGGGCGCGGUGGCCAUGGGCGGGCACCGCUCCGCUAUCCGCGAAGAUUCGAUGGUCGCGGCUGGCGUGUUGUCGUUGGACAUCGUCAACGGAGACGGCGAGUCUUCGCCCUCCCUACUUCAAGGUGCAUUUACUUGUAACACUUCACAGUGGUGGCCAUAUCUGAGGAAAUUCCACUGGCGAUACUACGACAAGGUCCCGCUCGACCUCAGCAACCAGGAGGGGUUCCAGAACACAUUCUCGACCACGGACUUCCAGGCCUUCACGGCGAAGGCAAUCCUUGAGGACCGCAAGUACCUAAUGACGUCGAACAUGUUAUUCGAGGCGACGGCGUUCGCGUUGUGGUCGUCGCCGAACUUUCGGGAGAAGAAAACGCAGAAGGCGAUCAACCAGUGGCCGGUGUACGGAUGGAACUACGACGUGCUGAUCGGAGGGCCGUACCCGGACCAGAAGCCGGAGUGGGAGUACGGCAUGCACGGGGCAACGCUCGAGCUCGCGUUCCCGGUCGUGUUGGCGAACAAGAUGCUCAAGCGGGUGCGCCAGGCGUUUGACGAGGAAGCGGCCGAGGGCAUCAUCAUGACGAGCACGUACCGCAGCGGCAUCAACAUCAAGUUCGGCCGCGCCUACUACGACUUCCUCGGCCAGGUCACCUACAACACGUCCGACGGCGCCGACUGGAGCAAGGGCGCUAUCAUGUUUGACUUCCCGUCUUUCAAGCCCACGAUCGGCGACGGGAAGCGUUUCAAUGAGGACUUUUACCGCCGGCUAGCCAAGACGCUCAUCGACGAGUUCCCGGCGCGGCCGCACUGGACGAAGAACACGCGCGCCGUGUUCGCCAAUGCGACCAAGAACAUCGACCCCAGCCACCUAGCGCAGUUCAGAGCCGUGCGCGAGAAGUUCGACCCGUGGGGCACCUUCAAGAGCAUCGUCGGCGAGAUUCUGGGUCUGUACAACUAA